AUGAAUGUCCACAAGCUUUGGGAGUACCAAGAAUACAUCAACGUAAACGGGAUUAUGAUGACCAACGAACUUAUAUCUUUGUUGCAGAACUCGCUGACAAUGUUGCAAGUAGAGAACCAUUUCACCCACAUUCAGUACUGGGGCCAGAUAUACGCUGUAGAUAUGGACUACCACAUCGCUGUCGGCAUCAGCAACGAUGCACUCACUGAUCGCAAAUACUUCUACACCACCGACUUCAAAUUCUGGGGUUUGCUGCCAAAAGCAAAAAAGAAGUAUAAACAACUGUCCCUGCUCACUACGUUCCCGUUUAGGGGAGAACCAGCUCUGCAAGUAAAGGUUUUAGACGAAGGUUUGGACGAAAACCACCCUGAUAGAUGCAAGGUCAUGAAAGAGGAAAGCCGUCUGUCCGCUACCAUCAGCAACAUUUGCGAAGAAGCUGAAGUGUGUGCUCGCGGGCAGUUGCUCAAACAACCGUCCGGUACAGUAGUCAUAAACCCCAAUUAUUACGGGUUACAUGGUGCUGAAGCGAAACUGUUGAAAUCGUAUCUUCAUAUCAGGCCAGCUCAACAUCGCUGGAACACCAACUUACUGACCAGACCGGACUAUAACUACAGCAUGGACUUCCUGGACUCCAUUGACAUGGACAUUCCAGCAGGCUGUUGGAACCUCUCCAUAGAACGUGGCGGGUCACUCGUGUAUUUGAAAAGCUUGUACUGGCCCGGAAUGAUGUUUUUCCAUAAAGUAAGAACUCCAGACGCUGGCUUUCUUUACAUUGGUAAUGGCCGAAAGAAUUUAGAUGUGCCUUUUCUGCUGUGAUGGAUUUUUUAUUUAUUUAAUUUUUUAUGAUGUCUUAUGAAUACGACUUAAAAUGUUACUA